UGCAGAACCGCUGCGCUGAUUCAGAUUCAGAUCAUCCAGAUCAUCAGACUCUUCCUGAAACAUCUUUAUCGCGGUCAGUCAGAAGGUCAUUUUCAUCUUAUUCACAGACUGAGCCGAUCGUGAGGACUCAUAAAAGCAAGGGUCAGGAUGGUGAACUGCUGUGGUCUCGUGUCUGACAGUAAUGUACCAGUUCCUCUGAAGAGCAUCUCAGUGGAGCUGCAGGUUAAGGAUCACGUGGCCUCCGUCAGCUCCAGUCUGCAGUAUGUCAAUGAGGAGGAGCGCCCCCUGGAGGCCUUGUUCGUCUUCCCGCUGCCCGCCGAUGCCGCCGUCUGCCACUUCAGUGCCAAGAUCGGAGAGCAGGAGAUUGUGGCGGAGGUGCAGGACAAACAGAGCGCGCGGGAUCAGUAUGAUGAUGCUGUGAGUUCGGGUCAGCAGGCGUUUCUGCUGGAAGAGAGCGAUGCGAGUUCAGAUGUGUUCAAACUGAGUGUCGGGUGUUUGUCUCCGGGUCAGACUGCCAUCAUCUCCAUCGUCUACAUCAUUGAGCUCAGUGUUCAGGCCGAUCAUGCGCUGCGCUUCAGUCUGCCGGCUGUACUCAACCCCAGAUACUCACCUGCAGCUUCAGCAGCCAGUGUUCCAGAAGUUUCCUCAGCAUGUGUUAUUCCCUACACACUGUCUCUGAGUGUCGAUGUGAGAUCUUCAGACCGCAUCUCCAGACUGGAGUCCAGCUGCCCUCUGGAUCCUCUGGUGUUCCUCUACCCGGAUCAUACUCAUGCCACGGUGAAUCUGAGUGCGGGUCACCGGUUCGAUAAGGAUGUAGAGCUGUUUCUGUACUAUGAGAAUACCCAUCAGCCCACUGCUGUAGUGGAGGCCGGAGCACCCACAGCUCAGACAGGGUGUUUGAUGGGCGACCCGGUGCUCAUGAUCAGUUUGUACCCAGAGUUUCCUGCGGACGUGUUGUCAUCAUUGGCAUCUCAAGGCGAGUUUGUUUUUGUGGUUGACAGAUCUGGCAGUAUGGAAUGCAGGAUGCAUCAUGGGAAAGACGUACAGAUGCGCAUUGAAAGUGCAAGAGACACGCUGUUGUUGCUGCUGAAGAGUCUGCCCAUGGGAUGCUACUUCAACAUCUAUGGAUUCGGCUCUCGAUUUGAGUCCUUCUUCCCUCAGAGUGUUGUGUACAGCGAGGACACAAUGGAAGAGGCUCUACGGAGAGUAAAGGACAUGGAUGCAGACAUGGGCGGCACAGAGAUCCUACAGCCUCUGAAACACAUCUACAGUCAGCCCUGUUACCCAGAUCACCCCCGACAGUUGUUCAUCUUCACUGAUGGAGAGGUGUGGAACACUAAAGAGGUGCUGGAUCUGGUGAAGAGUCAGGCUUACUGCCACAGGUGUUUCUCCUUCGGGAUCGGUGAGGGUGCGAGUACGGCUCUCAUCACAGGAAUGGCCAGAGAAGGUUCUGGUCACGCUCAGUUCAUCACAGGCACUGACCGCAUGCAGCCCAAAGUGAUGCAGUCACUCAGGUUUGCUCUCCAGCCGGCUGUGGAUAAUAUCUCUGUGGACUGGACCGUUCCUGAGGGCGUUACAGUGGACACGCUGUCACCACCCAUCAACACCCUGUUCCAGGGUCAGAGGGCACUCAUCUACGCUCAGCUGAAAGGACAGAGUUCAGGAAAGGCAGAAGGAGCUGUAACUGUGAAAUACAGACUGAAGGACCAACCAGUGACUAACCAGCUCCAGUUUACUCUCAAACCAACGGAAGACACAGGACUGACGAUCCACCAGCUGGCGGCCCGGUCUGUGAUCCGCUCUCUGGAGCUGGAGGAGCGGGCCGGAGGAGCAGACGCGGAGGCCGUCAGGAGCAGGAUCGUGGAGCUCAGUGUUCAGGCAGGAGUGAGCAGCGUUCAUACAGCCUUCAUCGGUGUUAAUAAAGACAGCAAACAGACGGUGAAAGGGCCGCUGCUUCAGAGGAGAGUGCCAGUACAGGCAAUGGCGGCUCCAUUGAUGGCUUGUUCUGGAAUGCCAAGGUUGUCUUCCCGUAAAGCAGGUGGUUCUAUAAUGUCACGCGCCUGUAGAUCAGUGGCUAAGUUCUUCAGCUCACAACCUCCUCCUGAUUCGUCUGAUGAAUGUUGUGCUUUACGUCCAGCCGAACCCGAGCCCAGAUGGACCCUUUGCUCCAGCUGGUCUCUCUUCAGAAGGCCUCGGGAUGCUGGGAGCUGAACUACGAAUUAGCUUACGUGUUUGGGAAGACCGUGGACGAGGUGACCAAUCACAGACCGGCACAGGUGGACGGGUCAGUGUGGGCCACCGUUCUGGCUCUGAUCUGGUUAUACUCGUGUAGAUCAGGUGACCAGGUGGAGUGGCAGUUUGUGGCCAUGAAGGCGGCGUCAUGGAUCCGCUCUCAGAAAC